GUGUCGGACAAAAUGGCGCCGCUCAGGCGGACGGUCAUGGCAGAAAUCCUGGGAUUUGACACGUAGCUCACCAGCCUGCUGGCGAAUUUUACUCAAUGUUUUACGCGAUUAACUGUCAUGUGAGGACGAGAAAGAUGUUGCCUCGGUGCGCGAGAAACGCUCUUUGAGGUAACGGUGGAAAAGGUGGGCUUCCCGCAGUCCUCCCGCUGUGGCCUGGCGCUCGAAGCCCGGCUCCAGGAUGACUCAAGGACAAAAGGCGAGCGGCGGCACGGAGACCUACGUCGUGAACGGAUCUAAUGGACACGGGGGGCUGCAGGACGAGGUCGGCGCGAGCAGGCCCGAGCGGGAGCCCGCCGAGGCCGCCUCGGGCAUCGCCCGGAUGGCCACGGGCGUCAAGUCCAAGUGCGCCGCCUACGUCCUCGCCCUGCGGCCCUGGAGCUUCAGCGCCUCCCUUACCCCGGUGGCUCUGGGCAGCGCGCUGGCCUACAAGACGGAGGGCGGCGUGGACCUCGUGGUGCUGCUGGUGUGCGCCGUGGCCGUGCUGGUGGUGCACGGCGCCGGUAACCUGGUGAACACCUACUACGACUUCUCCAAAGGCAUCGACCACAAGAAGAGCGACGACAGGACGCUGGUGGACCAGAUCCUGGAGCCUCAGGACGUGGUGAUGUUUGGGGCCGUGCUCUACUCUCUGGGCUGUCUCUGCGCCACGCUGCUCUACUUCCUGUCGCCUCUGAAGCUGGAGCACCUGGCGCUCAUCUACUUCGGGGGACUCUCCAGUUCUUUCCUCUAUACAGGAGGCAUUGGACUGAAAUACGUCGCCUUGGGAGACGUCGUGAUCUUGAUCACCUUCGGCCCACUGGCGGUCAUGUUCGCGCACGCCGUGCAGGUGGGUUACCUGUCCGCGUUGCCCCUGGUCUACGCCGUGCCGCUGGCGCUCAACACGGAGGCGAUCCUGCACAGCAACAACACGCGGGACAUGGACUCGGACCGGCAGGCCGGCAUCGUCACCUUGGCCAUCUUGAUAGGGCCCACGCUCUCCUACGUUCUCUUCAAUGUGCUCCUCUUCGUGCCCUACAUGCUCUUCUGCCUGCUGGCCACGCGGUACACCAUCAGCAUGGCGCUGCCCCUGCUCACGCUCCCCAUGGCCUUCCCGCUGGAGAAGCAGUUCCGCAGCCAGUGCUACUCCAAGAUCCCACAGAAAACGGCAAAACUGAACCUCCUUGUCGGCCUCUUUUAUGUUUUUGGAAUCAUACUGGCACCUCGGGGCAGUUUGCCAGAACUAUGAUUAACCUUGAUUCAGUUUUUCUUUUGGUACAGCGCAGCUUUUUUCCUGCCAGUUUAUUUAUCGUUGCCCUUUUCUGUCGCGCUUUGAGGGCUAUAAUUUAUUAAUGGAGUUAUAUUUCAGGGCAGACGUGGCGUAUAAUAUAGGGAGGAACGCUGCCAGGCUACUGUUGCUUCCCCCACAUCCAUCUGUGUUACCAUCCACCUGUGAUGUAUAAUGUGAUUGCGGAGAGGCGUUUCUGUGCAGAGAUAUGAGAAGGGAAGGCUCUGUCGUGUUCGUUUUCCAGCGACGGAAACAAGCCCGAGAUGGUAAAACUUCUCAAAAUCAUUGGAAAUUGAAACAAGUUUCAACAGUUCAGAGUUGCGGAACUUCACUAAAAAUGUUACUUGAAUUCACUGAGUAACUUAUUAAAAUAUUUUAAAAAUAUGAUGGCAUUUAUAUAGUGUUCUGCUUUCAAAGUAUACAAGAAUUCAUCUUUUUCUCCCAAAAGAUCUUUUUUGUACUAUGUAUUUGAGUUGUAAGACGUAGAAAGUUGGCUACAAAGGGUAGCUUUCGCUUGUGAAGUUCCUCUUUCUGCCAUCAGUUUUAUAUGUAAUCGUUAGAGAAGAAAACAAGAUCUGUGACUAGUAGCUAUUUUCUAGCUAUUGGGCUUCACAAGAACGUACAGAACACACAGUGUAGUGUUUUGAACAGUUAAUGGCUCUCUAAAAUUUCCAUCUGAUAUUAAGUUGGGGCAGAAAUUAGUGAACUGAUGUUUACUGUACCACAGUCGGAUGCAGUUUCGCUGAGAAGCUGAAAGUCACUCAAUUUGUGUACUCAAACUGUGAGGAAAACAUUAUAUACAGUGUAAUCACUGCAGUUACACCAUAGUCCCUGGCCCUUGUUCAGUGUUUUAUGCACCUUAAGGAUUGCAAUUUGUGUAAUUUCAGUCUCAGCUAAUGGUCCCCCCGAUUGUUUGUCAUAUGUAUUUUUUCAUUUUUUUUAAAACAAGGAGAAUUACGAGUAGACUGGGGGGGGAAAUCAGUGUGGCUCAUUUUUCUUUUUAUUUCUACAACACAACGUUGCAGCAUUUCGUUGACUUGAUAAAAAUGGAACCAAGGGCAGUGUUCUGUAGUACUUUCCACUGGAGUUAUGGAGAGACCCAGACACUGUGUGAUGUCAAAAGUCAGAUGUGUGUGUUGGAUUUUUACAGAACAUCCACAGUUUGAAGUGUUGGGAAGGUGGCACUGGCCUGACUGCUUUUUCUAUCUCUUGACUUCAGGUACCGUAUCGUGCCUCUCCCUGCACAGCUUUGUAAGUGCUGGGGCUUUUCCAUCACUUAUCAUCAUCAUCAUCCAUGAAAAGCCUCAAGUUUACAAUAAACUCAGUGUUUU